ACAGACGAUUUAUCUCGAAGGAUUUUGACUGCGCUCUCAAACUACUGUUCAUUGUUUUGAUCAAAUCAAGCACAGUGUUUUAAACAUUAUAGCGAUGUAAAUAAACUACACGACAAAAUGUAGUUCCUGAAUGAAGUAAAGCCAAGGUAAGACGAAAUGAAAUAUAUUCAAGUGAGUUUACAUAAGCAUAAUCGAAACACAGCGCCGAUUCAAAGUCGGCUGUAAACACAAGGAAUUUCUGAAGAAACCAGAAAAGAAAUAGUCAAUAGAAGUUUCGCGAGAGUUAGAUGUCAUUUCGUGGGCAUUUUAAUUUUUAAUGAAGAAAGUAAUUCACAGAAUAGAUGUCUAUCAUGUCUUUUUAUGCUUGCUUUAAACUCGUAUUUGUUGAAUGCAAAACGGCUAUACACAAUGCUGUCUCGGUCAAUAAUAUAAGAAUUUAUAAGCGUUUCGUCUUCAGCUCAAAACGACAUCUAACAUCUUUUCUCUUAUGUAUAUUUCUCAAGAUAUUGAUUCAACAGUGAUCUAAACUGAAAAUGGCGUCAUACGACACUGGUUGGGAAGAUGAACUAUUUCAACAUCCCGUUGGCCACACGUUGCAUUGUGGUAUAUGUCUGAAUGUUUUGAAGGAUCCAGUUUCGUGUCGACAUAAUGAGCAUUUGUUCUGUCGAGGUUGUAUCACCAUACAUCUCAUGAACUUUCAAACAUGUCCAUCGUGUAUGGAACCACUCACUGUCGAAUCACUGCGCCAAGCACCUCGGACCGCAACGAACUUACUUUCCGAAUUAAAGAUCCGCUGUCAAUUCUUCGAUCGUGGUUGCGGACAGUUUGUUGAAUUAGGAAAUCUCGAAAGGCAUGUCACUGACUGUGGGUUCGCCCCAGCAGUCUGCUCUAACGAAGGAUGCCAACUUGAGGUGAAUAAACAAGAUUUACUACACCAUGAAACAUCUGUGUGUGAACUACGCAGAGUCAAGUGCCACAAUUGCAACGAAAUCAGACAAGAGAUGGAUACAGUGAAAGUUAAUUUGGCAGCAAUGAAUGAAAAGUUGAAUGAAAAGUUGAAAGGAGUUGGAGAACAGUUGGACAGAAAUCAGGAAAACAUCAAAACAGAAGUGGUCACAAAAGUUGAACAGGUUCAAGAACAACUCAACAAGCAGGAAGAAAGCAAUCGUCAGCUUAAAGCGGUCAAUAUAGAAAUGAAGAGAAGUUUAAAUGAAAUUAUGAAACAUCUGGAGAGAAUGACACAACAAACAUCGCAUGAAGUUCAGGCUGAAGAAAUGAAGAAAGAUAUUGCAGAUGGUGGAAUGGACAGAGAGUCGAAGAUCCUUAUCGCUGGAGGCUUUGAUGGGAGAGAAAUUCUAAAUUUAGUGGAAAUGUUCAGUCUUCCAAAUGCGACAUGGACACCACUAAAGCCAAUGAAAGAAGGUCGUCAGGGAGCAUCUUCAGUUGUUCACAACAAUCAAUUUUUUGUCAUGGGAGGUCAUGGUAACAGUGGAGAAAUCAAGUCAAUUGAAAAACUAUCACUGAAUGCUGUUCAAGUUGAUCAGUUCAUCACUUGGGAAAACGUUCUCGCUAAGUUACCUGCACCAUUGCAUGGACACUGCAGUGUAGUUUAUAAUGGACGGUUGAUAGUGAUUGGAGGUUAUGAUGUUAGUAAACUUGCACAUUCUGAUAGUAUUACUGAGAUUUCCCUCGUCCCACCUUAUACCAGUAAACUGUUGGCUACCAUGCCACAGGCAAGAUAUCUCCACGGUGUUGCAAUGUUUGGUGACAAGAUACUGAUUCUUGGAGGUAAGCUCAAUGGUUCUUCCAGUACAAAUCUUGCAAGUGUUUUGUUGUAUGAUAUUACUAAGAAUAAAUGUAAGGAGUUAGCAGCCCUCCCCUACCCCGUGUCUGAAAUGGCCACAGUCAAGUGGAGUGAUGACAGUGUGAUCAUAGCGGGUGGUGUUGACAGUAACAGGCAACCAUUAAACAAAGUUUUAUUAUACAACAUCAAGACCCAGAAGAGUCCUAUGUUACCAGACAUGAAGUAUAAGAGGAAAGGAUGUGUGGCUGCAGUUGUCAGAGACACUGUGAUUGUCAUGGGAGGCAUGGGUGAAAAAAGAAAGUGGUUAAAGUCUGUAGAAUGUUUUCGAUUUGAUCGCGAUAGCUGGCAAGAACUUCCUGAAAUGCGGAAAGCGAGAUACUUGGCUACUGCAGUUGUAUGUUAAUUAUGUAUAUUGUAUAUAUUAGCAACCUAAUUAACUUUUUGCAGUAUUUUAUACACUUUUGUACUUGGGA